GGUUGAAUGUGUGUGUGUGUAUUCGCUUUAAAAACACUCCUCAAUCCUGAUAAAUUGAUUACCUCUUGUGUUUUGUGGCGAUGGUAAAUUAAUUUAUCUUCGUAGAAAGUGUGUAAUGAUUCUUUUGUCAAGUACAAUGUUUGAAUAAUCUCUUUUAAUAACAUAAUCGCGUUAAAAUAUAUUUAAACUCAGAAAUGGCCCGCCCUCUUACUUCCAGUCAACAAAAAUUGGCCGAAAAAUUAAGCAUCAUCAAUGAUCGAGGAACUGGUAUGCUUACAAGGAUCUAUAACAUCAAAAAAGCAUGUGGAGACGCGAAAUCUAAACCUGCCUUUCUAUCGGAUAAAAGUUUGGAAUCCAGCAUCAAAUAUAUAAUUCGAAAAUUUCCAUCUAUUGAUUUGAAAUCAUUGCAACCGGUAGUUCCCAUAAAAAAUGACAUCAUCAAGUCGUUAUCGUUAUAUUACUACACUUUUGUCGAUUUACUCGAUUUUAGAGAUAACGUUUGCGAAUUACUUACAACCAUGGAUGCCUGUCAACUACACUUUGAUAUUACGGUCAAUUUUGAGUUGACCAAAGCAUAUUUGGAUUUAGUGUCCACCUACGUCACUUUGAUGAUCCUUCUAUCUAGAGUUGAAGAUAGAAAAGCAGUUCUUGGAUUGUUUAAUGCGGCUUACGAAUUGAUUCAUCAUCAAAGUGAUGCCAGUUUUCCGAGAUUAGGUAUCAUGAUAACCGAUUUUGAUCCUCCUCUGAAGAAACUCGCUGAUGAGUUUGUUCCUCAUUCGAAACUCUUAUUAUCAGCAGCAAUGUCCUUAUGGCCGGUUUAUAUCAAUAGGACACUAUCCGUGGAUAAAUGGAGGUCUGAUCAAAAAUUGAGCUUCAUUAGUAAUCCUAAUCACCUACUGAAACCAACUCAAACGGAAUAUACUUCCUGUGAAUACUUGAGCAUCGACGUUAUGGAAAAAUGGAUCAUAUUUUCGUUCAUGCUUUGCCAUCAAGCUUUGGUUCAGGAGCAAGCGAAUAAGUUAUGGUUAGCUGCACUGGAAUCCAGCUGGGUGAUACCGUUGUUUAGAGAUGAAGUAUUGUACGUGCAUGGUCAUAUACAACAGUUUUUUGAUGGCAUCAAAGGAUAUGGCAAACGUGUCUCCGAAGUUAAAGAUUGUUACAAUCAAGCUGUUCAGAAAGCUUCUUACAAACACAGAGAACGUAGAAAGUUUUUGAAAUCCACUUUGAAAGAAUUGGGAUUGAUAUUUACCGAUCAGCCUGGCCUUUUAGGACCAAAAGCUUUGUUGAUUUUCAUUGGUCUAUGUUACGCUCGGGAUGAAGUACAUUGGUUGUUACGUCAUAGUUCUAACCCACCGCUUCAAAAAACGAAAGGAAAGUCCACUGAAGAUUUAGUUGAUCGUCAGUUACCUGAAUUACUGUUUCAUAUGGAAGAGUUGAGAAUGUUGGUUAGAAAAUACAGCCAAAUCAUCCAACGAUAUUAUAUUCAAUACUUGCACGAUUUCGACGCUAUUACUUUAAAUCAAAGAUUACACUCUUUGGGCGUAUGUCCAGAAGAUGAAUCGUUGAUAUUGUCUUCGUUAGCCAACGACAUUUCUAACCUGUCUGUAAAGCAAAUUGAAAAUGGAGAAACAUUCGAUUUUCGAGCCUUGCGCUUGGAUUGGUUCCGUCUUCAAGCAUAUACAAGUUUGAGUAAAUCGCAGUUAUUUUUAUUCGACAACCGAGACAUCGCAAACCUUUUGGAUAACGUUUUCUUCCACAUCAAAAUGGUUGAUUAUCUCGAUGAAAUGUUGGUGGAUGUUUCCGAUUUAUCAAUUUUCUGCUUUUACAGUAAAUUAUUCGAAGAGCAAUUCCACAUGUGUUUAGAGUUUCCGGCGCAGAAUCGGUACAUAAUUGCAUUUCCUUUGAUUUGUAGCCAUUUCCAGGUAUGCACACAUGAGCUGUGCCCCGAAGAAAGACAUCAUAUUCGAGAAAGAAGUCUAUCCGUGGUCAAUAUGUUCUUAGAUGAGAUGGCCAAAGAAGCUAAAAAUAUUAUUACGACAAUCUGCGAUGAACAGUGUACAAUGAGUGAUAAACUGCUACCGAAGCAUUGUGCGCUUCUUAUAUCACAAGUAAUAACGCGUAAACGAAAAGAUAAAAACAAGAAGAAUGGUUUUGAAAUAGAGAAACCGGGCAUCGAAACGUACAGAAAAACGCGAGAAAAUUUGACCACAAUGGAUAAACUGCAUAUGGCUCUAACGGAAUUGUGUUACGCGUUGAAUUACUGCACCACCAUUUCCGUUUGGGAGUAUACAUUUGCUCCUCGAGAAUACCUGCAUCAACAUUUAGAAAACAGAUUCGCAAGAGCUCUCGUUGGUAUGGUGAUGUAUAAUCCGGAUACCAGCGAAAUCGCCAAACCUUCGGAGUUGUUUGCCAGCGUUCAAGCCUACAUGAAUGUUUUACAAGCUGUAGAAAAUCAUGUACAUAUCGAUAUUACUCGAGUUUUCAACAACGUUUUGCUGCAACAAACCCAACAAGCUGACUCACAUGGUGAAAAAACUAUAGCUGCAUUAUACACUCAAUGGUACUCGGAAGUACUGCUCAGAAGAAUCAGCGCUGGAAAUAUUUGCUUUUCUAUGAAUCAAAGAUCCUUUAUUAGUUUGACUGCUGAAAGUGCUAUACCUUUCAACGCUGAAGAAUUUUCGGAUAUGAAUGAAUUACGAGCAUUGGCUGAUCUAAUAGGCCCAUAUGGAAUGAAAUUAAUAAACGAAACUUUAAUGUGGCAUAUUUCCAGCCAAGUUCAAGAAUUGAAAAAACUGGUCUCCGGAAAUAAAGAUGUCCUGUUGACUUUAAGGACAAAUUUCGAUAAGCCAGAUAUUAUGAGAGAACAAUUCAAAAAGCUUCAAAAUGUAGACAAUGUGCUGCAAAGAAUGACGAUCAUCGGAGUAAUCCUCAGUUUUCGUCAAAUACUUCACGAUGCUUUAGUAGUCGUUCUAGAGGAAAGAAUUCCAUUUUUAUUAAGUUCUAUUCUAGAUUUUCGUCAUAAUACGAACGGUGUCGAUUCACUGGUAAUCAGCGAGAUGGCUUCAGCUGCUGGAUUACCCUGUAAAGUUGAUCCCACGUUGGUCAACGCAUUACGUAAUGUUAAAAGUGAAGUGGAUGAAGACGAGCAUUUAUUAGCGUGUUUAUUGAUGGUAUUUGUGGCAGUUUCGGUGCCCAAGUUGGCAUGUAAUGAUAAUUCAUUCUUUAGAGCUUCGUUGGAAGGUCACUCAAAUAACAUACAUUGUCUUUCCUACGCUAUUAACCAUAUUUUCGGAGCACUGUUUACAAUAUGUAAUCAAGGGGAUAUCGAAGAUAGGAUGAAAGAAUUAUUAGCCUUGGCGUCUUCCAGUUUAUUAAGGUUAGGUCAGGAAACUGAUAAGGAAAUGAUAAAAAAUCGCGAAUCCGUUUACCUUCUGUUGGAUCAAAUUGUUCAAGAAUCACCAUUCUUAACGAUGGAUCUUCUGGAAUCCUGCUUUCCUUACGCACUAAUUCGUAAUGCCUAUCAUGCGGUGUAUAAAUUAGAACAUGGCCAGGUUUAAUAUUAAGAUUUUUACAUAGGUAUUAUUUUACUUUUAUACUCGGUCAUUUUAUAAAGCAUUUUAGGUUUCUAAAAAUGUUCAUAUUUUGUUGUGUAAGCAAUCAUUUCAUUGUUUCAAUGAUAAAUUUCGUAGAAGUAUACGGAUGCAUUUAAAUAAUUUUGUUUUAUGGAGUUCGUGAAAGUUGGAUAUUGAGAACAUUUUUGUUACUCUGUUUUUCUUCCUCUAGUCAGCUUGUCUUCAAUACAGAUUUCGUGUUCAUCGGGGUUUUCUUUCGUCCUUAUGAACACUCUACCUUUAAGUAAAUGACUUUUAAUCAAAGUCGAAGUGUUGCAAAAGCUUCUGUAAUGUUUUUAUUUAUUUUUUUUCAAUUGUUAACUUAUGCAUGAAAAUUCGGGAUAUAUUAUUCUUUAUACACCAUUCGUUAUUUUAUUUAACUUUAUAUAUUUUUAUACAAAUUAAUGUAGAUAAACAUGAAUAAAUUUUAAAUAUAUAUAUACCUAGUA